AUGGUGGUUCACAACCGUCUCUGGCUACAGUUCCACGUGUCUGUCACCCUCUUGUGGUCUCCUCGAGCACUACAUGUGUUUCUCAUGAUCCGCCGCCACAAGACCACCAUCUUCACGGAAGCCAAGGAGAUGAGUACCGUGUUCCAGCUAAAGCGUGUUGUCCAACGCAUCCUCCAGCGGCCUCCAGAAGAGCAGCGGCUGUACAAGGAUGACCAGCUCCUUGAUGACAGAAAAACUCUGGGCGAGUGUGGCUUCACUAGCCAGACAGCACCGGUACAUGCCCCAGCCACAGUGGGCCUGGCCUUCGGUGCAGAUGAUGCCUUUGAAGCCCUGCACAUUGAGCCCUUCUCCAGCCCUCCAGAACUUUCAGAUUCUGGAGGCAGCGCCAACGAACAAGCUGUGCAGUGA